UAAUGAGGUGCCCGGUAGGACAUUUCUAUACAGCGGCUUUCGCUUUGGUCGGUCGCGUGCCCCCAUCACGAGUGCAUUUGGCAGGGGCCACAAAGAGGAGCGUAUGCACGGCUUUGCCUGUGCUCAGCUGCUGUCACAAUCUGGAGCAAGAAAUGGGCGGAUUGGACCAAGGGGGAUCACUGAUCUCCGCUGACUUUUGAAGCCUGUGGCGGCCUCUUCAUCAGUGGCUCUUUACACCACCUUUUUGAAGCUGCGCUCGGCAGCCUGGGCGCGGCCCUGUCCACAAUAAACUCUCACCACUAGUAUUUAGUCGUUUGCCAGCAUUGCAUCUGCACAAAGUCAACAUCAGGAGGCAAAUUAGACCUCUGUCGGUGUUAGGACCAAGGAAGGUUGGCAUAGCUCUCGAUGGCCUUUUGAGCAUCGGCAACGAAUAGCAGAUUGGUCUCAGAGUUGCGCCGGUGGCAGCAGAGCAAGAGACUGAUGAGUAAGGGUUUAUUCUUUUCUACUGUUGGUCACACCUUUCGAACUAAUAGUUGGGAAAGGGGCUGCAGGCGCUCUGGUUUUCCCAUGUGAGUCUGAUUCCUGACAAGCUGUCAUCGUUAGUUGCGUUUGUAGUACAGUCAUUCUGGGGCAGUUGAAACCUGAGCGGGAAUGGCCGGUUUCAUCAGGGCCUUCUUGGGAACACUCGCCGCAGGUUUCAUCUUUCAAAACCCGACUGUGUUGUGCUUUGCGGCGGGGACCGUAACUGGCGUUUACCUGGGGCAGAGGUAUGAGCUGCCAGACAUCGGAGCCACUGUUCAGAGGGGGAUGGACUACUGGAAAGAGGUAGAACACGAACUUAAGAAACCCAAAUCGGAUGGGCCCCGAUAAAAAUCAAAGUAUUCGUCCAUUAUUGGGUCAGCAUUCAUUGCCCACAACCAUCUAGCGAGAUGCUCGUAGGGCCUGUCCAGGUGUCAUAGAGCAACAGGUGUCCAGGCUCGAUAUCUGUGGUCCUUUGUUUGGGAUGCCUCCUCAGACUCUGCACGCGUUGAUAAGUCGAGCCCUCAGGCUUAGCAUACACUGUUGCAUGCCCCUGUUCAAGUUGACAUUUUUUUAUUGUGCCUGCUGACGGGUAUGAUUACUGUCAGACCGUCUGCGAGCUAAGACGGU